AUGCGCAGCAGGGCAUGGUACUUUCACCGAGGAGGUUAUAAAGUUACAUUGACACCAAGGCCGCCAUGGGCGGCAUUGCCGAAGCCCAUUGCAGGGAUACCAUACGAUCGAAAAUCAGCAAACCGUCUUCUUGGAGAUGUUCCAGAUGCCUUGAAGCACCAUGCACAAACCUCGGAGAUGGUAACCUUCCUGGAGAAGAAAUGUCUGGAGCUUGGGUCCCCAAUAGCCCAGGUCUUCAUGCGACCAUUUUCAAGGCCUUGGGUGGUGCUCAUCGAUGGGAGAGAGUCUCAAGACAUCAUGGCCCGUCGUGGUCGAGAGUUCGAUCGUUCUGAAUUCUUUGGAGACCUUCUCGUCUCACUGUUCCCCAUGAACCAAGUGUCCAUGCGAACGAACGACCAGUGGCGGCACAAUCGACGUCUGAUGGCGGACGCAAUGUCGCCGCGCUUCUUGAACAACAUAGCGGCCAAGGAAAUCCACCAGAACACCCUUGACCUCAUCGAUCUAUGGCGGCAGAAAAUCAGGGUGGCUAAUGGACAUGUGAUCGAUGUCGGACAGGAUAUCAAGUACUGCACGGUGGACACUAUCUGGGCUACAGCUUUUGGCACUGCCGUGGAUGCCUGCAAGUCUCAGUGCGAGUACCUUUCGACAUUGCCAGCGAUGAGCCCAGCACUUAAAUCACCGGAUACCGUCACUAACAUACCCGUACACGGCUUGUCCAAAGUUUACAGCGCUCUAGAGACAAUUUCGAUAAGUUCGGAAAUCCCAAUGAAUUCUGCUUUUGGACGUUGGCACCAUUGGUUGGCAAUCAAAUUAUAUCCAUCCAUUCGCCAUGCAGUUGCUCUACGUGACCAGCUCAUUGAAGCAAGACUGCGACAGGCUUGGAAGACUUUUGGAGAGGCUGUGGUAGAUCCGAGCAAGCGUGAAGCAGAGAUCAGAUGCGUGGUUGAUCUUGUGGUCGAGCGAGAAUCCGCUAUGGCUCACAAGCAGGGCAAAGAGCCGGACAAAUACUCGCAAGUCUUGAAAGAUGAGCUUGGAGGGUUCCUCAACGCUGGCUUCGAAACCACUUCAUCGUCUGUGAAUUGGGGCCUCAAGUACCUUACGAAACAUCAGGAUGUUCAACAGAAGCUCCGCCAGAGCUUGAGACAAGCCUUCAGUAGAUCUUCCACCGAAGGACAGCAGCCUGCUGCUAAGGAAAUUGCGGAAUCGAACGUCCCCUAUCUCGACGCAUUCAUGGAGGAAGUCUUACGCCACAGCUCAAUCAUAUCGACAAAUAUAAGAGUUGCUACGACUGAUGCCCCGGUCCUUGGCCGAAUAGUUCCAAAGGGUACGAGAAUUCACAAUUUGAGCGCUUCAUAA